AUGAGUCUGCUGAGGAAUCCAAGUCCGAAGUUGGGCUACCUGGACUGCACAGAAGGAUAUGAUCCCUUCUACGCCAUUGGAGAUGAAGACAUCGAGAUGCUCUAUCCAGACUUGCCCCUUGCGAAAAGUGAGGAGGUUAAUGCUGUGAACAUCGAAGGAGCUGAAGAGCAGGCGACUAAAGAGGCGGUAGCUGAGGAGGAUGGAGCAGAGGAGGAUGCAGCCGAUGAGGUGGUGGCAGACGUCAUAGAUCAGGCAUGUGGGGCUGCUGAAAGCGUGGCUGAUCAGGCGGACGCUGAAGAGGUUGUAGAUCAGGGAUCUCCUGUUGGCGCUUCGGAGUAG